CUUAAGGCAAAAUGUCUACAAAGGCUAAAUAUGCUUCGAGUUCUUACUGGGACCAAGUGGGGCGCGGACAGGACAUGUAUGCUACGUUUCUACAAAGCUUUUGUCCGUUCGUGCCUUGACUAUGGUUCUCAGGUUUAUUCUUCUGCCCGGCCAAACGCGUUAGGAAUGCUUGAUUCGAUUCACCACUCUGCGAUCAGGUUGGCUACUGGAGCUUUUCGUUCAAGCCCUACACCUAGCUUAUUAGCGGAGGCUAGUGAACCAAUGCUGGAUAUGAGACGCAAGCAACUUGCCAUAAAUUAUUUUCACUCCCUUAAAGCCAAGCCCGAAAAUCCGGCAUAUGAACACGUAUUUGAAAAUUACUUGAUCGAAGUCUAUGCUAAUCGCCUUAACAUCUCAGCUCCAUUUGGACUAAGGGCUAAAGCGCUUCUCUCGGACCUUGGUAUCGAGGAGUACCAAGUAAGCCAAUGCUACCAGAGUGAUAUCCCUCCCUGGUUAGUAUUAAGUCCCGAAGUUGACCUGUCACUUCACAAGUACAAGAAAGAAAACACUUCUAAUUUAGUGUUCACGCAGGCUUUCCGGGAACUCCUGAGUGCUCGGGCACCUUGCGACAUAAUUUACACUGAUGGAUCUAGGUCUGAGAAUGGCACCGGAUGUGCGUUCAUAACGGCGAGUCGUGAGUAUAGAUUCUGUCUGCCCUCUGUAGCGUCAGUCUACACGGCAGAACUGACCGCUAUUUUGAAAGCAUUGAACAUCGUCUGCCCCAGGACCAGAAGGCUGGUCAUCUGCUCCGACUCGCUUAGUAGUCUGCAAGCAAUCAAAAACAUGUAUCCAAAACAUGUCCUUGUGCGCGAUAUCCGAUGUGCCAUUCACAGACUUCAAGUCCAAAAUAUACAGGUUGUUCUGGUGUGGGUGCCCGGUCACGCGGGAAUUCCCGGAAAUGAGCUUGCCGACAAGGCUGCUGGGAGUGCUCAUGAGCUUCCUCCUUUUACUGCUAUGGUGACAGGGUCAGACCUAAAGCCAAUGGUGAAGGAGAAGUUAAGACGAGUUUGGGGUGAUUCUUGGUCUCGGACGGUGUGCAACAAGCUGAGAGCCAUAAAACACACAGUAGCUCCCUGGGGGACAGCCAUCCGCGAGAACCGCAGAGAGGAAGUAGUGUUGUGUCGGUUGCGAAUCGGUCACACGCUGCUGACUCACGGGUACCUCAUGAGCCGCGGGGAUCCCCCGGAGUGUGCGCGUUGUGGAGUGGCUUUGAGUGUUGAGCAUAUUUUGGUCGAAUGCCGUAAUUAUGCAACGCUAAGACGAUCUUGUCAGCUCCCAGCAAGUCUAUUCGAUCUGUUGGGGGAUGAUGAGUCAGUCAUUGUAAAGCUUUUUGAAUUCUUAAGAAGAACGAGUCUUAUCUCAAAGAUUUGAUCUGAGCGAGUACCUGUUAAGUUAUAUAAACUUUGUCCUUCUAUUUAUUGUUAUUUGUUAUUGUUAUUUGUUAUUGUUAUUGUUAUUUGGUAUUGUUAUUUGUUAUUGUUAUUUGUUAUUAGUGAGGGUGGGUCCC